CUGCAGAACCAUUCCUGAACUGGAGCAGUCCAGCAUAUGGCUGGGGGUCAUGGAGUUGCGGUGCUGCGCUCCCACUAGACUCCUGGGUGAAGGGAUCAUUGACCUGGGAUCUGUAUGGGAAUCAUCAAAUCAUCAGGUUAACCAGAAGUGGAUUCAGUUAAGUUUACCAUCCACGACGGAAUCGGUCGGCUUUAUAAAAGUUGGCGUUAUAAUAAUAUACAAAGGAGACGUCGAAACGUUGGAACUGGAAUGUAAAAUGUUAAAACAAAGUAAUGAACACACUCCACAAAUAGCCGCCAUCUUGGAACAACAGAAGGCUCACUACCAAUUCACUAUUUACUCCGCAUUUAGCCUCUGUGCCCCUGACAGACGAAACGCAAAACCCUUCAACACGUUCGUCAAAGUGACAUAUUGUGGGCUUGCGGGCAAAACAGCAGUAAGACAUCAUGACAACAACCCCGUCUACAAUGAAGAGAUUUCCAUGGUGGAAAUGUUUCCAAACACCAACUCAACGGUCUGUUUUGAAGUGUGCACUCAUGAUGGUGUCACCACUAAGAUACUGGGAUCUGCCCAUUUGAAUAUGGGUUGGAUUUCUCAUGAUGGAGAGAAUGGUUUUUUGCCAACUUUUGGUCCAUCUCUGUUGCACAUGUAUGGAACAUUAUGUUUACAACAAGCGGAAGGUCCGUACAAUCGUGGAGCCAUACUAGUAUCCUUGAAAACUACAGUACCAUAUAACAAGCAAAAAGUGAGGGCAGUCAAUGUGAAGCCAGUUUCACCUCUAUUAAUCGAUAAACUCUGGGUCUGGGAAGGCUUUUGCAUCUACUGUCCUGUUUUAGACGUGUCUGUGAUAGAUUCUCAAUUUGAAGGACAAUGUGGUGUUUCAAUUACUAUUGGAGAAAUGUUUAACAAGUAUGGAGAAGAAAAAGAUGAUGAAGGAGAGUUCAAUGCAAUGCUGAAUGAAAUACGAGCCCGCAGGCUAAAUGUAUUGGAGUGUGAACUAUCUAAAACUGAUUCAUGUAAGAGCAUAGACUUUUCCAAAGGAUAUCAUGUGCUUCAAUUGGCUGCUAGACUGCCUGAUUUUCGAUUUAGAAUAUACAGGAAUAACAUCGUGAGACGUAUUGUGAAUGGUCUGGGUGCUGCCAUGGAAUUUGUGGAGGAACAAAUUAACAAUGAUAAAAGCGUGUAUAACGACUUGAUCGACAUAUUAAGAAAGGCUGUCAAUGAAGCAGAUUCUGGCAUGCUAUAUUUUUUGAAGUCAAUCGAUUCAGAAGAACCAAUGGGCCAGAAUACAGACUUUGAUGAUAAACUAUUGGCCUUACAGAUGCAAGAAAUCGGAAAUCUACGGAAUAAGCUGUCCGAUCGGUCCUCGGAUAACGUCUUAUAUUCAAUCAAAAGUAAUUCAGUUUUGACUAAGAAGUAUGUUAAAAUGGCCGUGGAGGAGGUAAAGAAAAUUGUGGAUAGAUUAACAGCUUUGGUAAAUAAGAAUCCCCAUGGUUGGCCCGAUAUUAUAGUCUGGGUUUGCAUUGGUGGAGUGAGAGUUGCAUAUCAUCGAAUAUCGCCAGGAGACAUUUUGUUUUCAUCAGAUUAUGAACAAAAUGGCCGAUUGACGGGUAGCAUGCAAACGUUAUACUUGAAGCCUUUUAAGUGUGCUAAACAUCAGAACUCUGCCGCUUGUUAUUGCAUAAUAGCUAAAAUUGAACUGCAAUUUUGGAUGGGUUUAUACAUACAGUACUUGGCUUUCGAAGACUCUUUACCACCGGGUUAUAAAAUUAAACUAAAAGGGUACAAUAUUUUUCUGAAGGCCAAUCCUAUGAUUUUGGAGUGCCGCGUAUUUAUAUACAGUGCAAAGCUGAGAGUUGGUGAUACAAACCCCAAAACUAAUGUUUUUGCUAGGGUACACAUAUUAGAUAACGUUUGUGAGACAUUAUAUCAUUUGAAAUCUUCUCUACUAACUUGGAACCAAGUUCUUAAGGUACGCUUGGAAACCUAUACGACACAAAAUAAAGUAUCGAUCAGCCCUCCUGAACUCACUGUGGAUGUUGUUGAGAGUUCUACACAGGGGAAAGAAUGUUUAGUUGGCAGAGUGAACAUACGACCGACAGUUGAUGACCGACAGUCCUAUGAAUACGCUCCAAAGCUACGAAUCUUUGAACUCUACCUUUGUACUGAGCAUGUAGGCGAAAUACUUAUGUCUGCGCAACUGUUGCAGGUUCCAGAAAAGCUGUUAAAAACUACUUCCUACACUACUUCUGCAGAGAUACGUGAAUAUGCUAAUUUAAAUAGAGACUCAAAAAUUUGUUCUAACCUCAAUGAAGUUGAAGCCUUACCUCAGAGCUUGUUGCCUCAUACGAAAUCAUACAAGAUCGAUAUAAAAUGGUGGGGAUUAAGAGACCUCUCCGUAACAAAGAAACCAUGUGUAAUUUUAGAAAUAAACAAUUUAACAGUCAAGUCAAACGUAUUAGAUAAAAAAGAAAAUUGCAAUUUUCCACAUGAACAAUCUUCCUAUAAUUUUGAGGCACCGCUUUCAGAAUCCUAUUGCCCACCUUUAAGUUUUCGACUUUAUGACUGUAGUACCUUUGGACGUACGGUGUUUCUUGGAGCAAAUGUUGUUAAGAAUCCUAGCAAAUUUCUGGUAAAGUGUAUUUCUGUGACGGAAAGAGAGCGUCAGCUCAAGGGCAAGAGAAUAAAGACUUCGACAUUUCAUCAAGGUUUUUAUUAUCUCGUUCCGAAUAUAGAGAUUGAAAUGUCCAUUUUCAGGAAAACUGCGCACAAAAACCAGUUUAAAAAUGUUGAUGUUUAAUUUUCAGCUCACGUAGCAUAUUUGAUGAAAAAAUCGCAACGUAGCGAAUGUAUCGCAGAUGCCACUAAAAAUGAGAAUGAUUUAAAAAUAUCAAAAUGGAGAAAAUUUAUCAAUAAAAAAAAACAAGUUAAUGAAAACGAAUAUAUGAUUUUACCUAUGUUUGAUAUUGAAAAUAAGACACAUGAAAACGCUUCAGCCCUAAAAGAUUGGUGGCAAAGAUAUUUUUGUUCAAAGGUUUAUAAUUGAUUUGUUCCGUCUUGGCCCGGCCACAAUCGCUUUUGUUAUCAAUAAUCAAACAAAAAUGUUGUUCUUCAAGUGCUCUUACUGUACGUACGAGUAAGAAAAAAUAAGGAUGAAACAUUAUUUACUUUACAAACUGGCCAUUACUUUACUGUUUGAUGAUACUAAUCCUAUCAUCUUGUUACUUUAUUCAAGUCAUGCCUUCUGUUACGUAUUCUACUGUGCGGAGCAAAAUCUCUGACAUAGUCUUUAACGUCAUAUU